AUGAUUCACCCCCACCAACCCCACCAUCAACCGAUUCACCCCCACCAACCCCACCAUCAACCGAUUCACCCCCAACGCAUCAACCAAACUCACCCCCACCAACCGACCAUCAACCGAUUCACCCCCACCAUCAAUCGAUUCACCCCCACCAACCCCACCAUCAACCGAUUCACUCCCCAUCAUCAACCGAUUCACCCCAACACCCCACCAUCCACCGAUUCACCCCCACCAACCCCACCAUCAACCGAUUCACCCCCACCAACCCCACCAUCAACCGAUUCACCAAACCCGCCAUCAACAGAUUUACCCCACCCCAAAUCCGACAUCAACCAACUCACCCCCACCAACCCCACCAACAACCGAUUCACCAACACCAACCCACCAUCAACCCACUCACCCCCACCAACCCGACCAUCGAAUGAUUCACCCCACCCAAACCCACCAUCAACCGAUUCACCCCCACCAACCCCACCAUCAACCGAUUACCCUCCCACCAACCCCACCAUCAACCGAUUCACCCCCACCAACCCCACCAUCAACCGAUUCACCCCCACCAACCCCACCAUCAACCGAUUCACCCCACUCAACCCCACCAUCAACCGAUUCACCCCACCAACCCCACCAUCAACUGAUUCACCCCCACCAACCCCACCAUCAACCGAUUCACCCCCAUCAUCAACCGAUUCACCCCCCAACCCCAUCAUCAACCGAUUCACCCCCACCAACCCCACCAUCAACCGAUUCACCCCCAUCAUCAACCGAUUCACCCCCACCAACCCACCAUCAACCGAUUCACCCCCACCAACCCCACAUCAACCGAAUUCACCAACCCCGCCAUCAACUAGAUUUACCUCCCACCCCCAAAUCCACCAUCAACCUCAACUCACGCCCACAACCUCACCAACAACCGAUUACCAACACCAUACCCACCAUCGAAUGGAUUUCAUCCCCAACCAACCCACCAUCAACUCGAUUCACCCCCACCACCAUCAACUGAUCUCCCCGCCACCACCAUCAACGAUUAACCCCACCCAAUCGCCCACCAAUUCCAACGAUCACGCCCACCAACCCCACCAUCAACGAUUCACUCGCCACCCAACCUCCACCAUCGACCGAGUUCACCAAACACCUACCGUCCACCAUCAACGGAUUCACCCGCCACCAACCCACAUCAACCGAUUAACCGCCCACCAACCCACCAAUCAACCCGAUUCACCCACCAACCACCAAUCAAACCAACCCGGCCAUCGAUACCGAUUCACCCCCACCAUCAAUGAUUCACCAACACCAACCCCUAACCAUCAUCCGAUUCAUCCCCCACCAACCCUCACCAUCAACCCACUCGACACCCCACCAACCGCCACAUCAACCGAUUCACGCACACCACCCCACCAUUCGGAUGAUUUCUACUCGCCCACCAACCCCACUCAUCAAACAAUUCACAAACACACUACCAUCAACCGAUUCACCCGCGCACUAUCACCGCGAUUCAACCCAUCAGCCAACAAAAUCAUCAACGCAAAUCUCACGCCCUACCACUCCCACCACACCGAUUUCACACCCAUCCUAGUUCAAACCCACCCAACCCCCACCACCACCAUUCAAAACCGAGUUUCACGGCAUGCCACGCAACCCACCUAUCAACCUGAUUCCUCCCCACCUAAACCGCCAUCCCAUGCAACCAUCUCACCCGCACCAACCCACCAUCAAAUCGAUUCACCCCACCAAAAGCCCAUCCAUCAACCGAUCAACCCCCACAUUCAACCGUUCACCCCCCACUCAUCACCGAUUCCCACCCACCCCGCCAUCAAAAGUUUACUCCACCGUACAAAUCCACCAUCAGCCAACUCACCCACCAACCCCACCAACAAAACCGAUUCACACACCUAA